GUUAGCGUGGAUGGUAGGACGAUGGUGAAUUGUAAGACCGUUGGCUGUUUGUCAUUGCUAUGGUAAAUAUAAACUGCUGAGUUAGCUGACGACAAUUGGAAUUUCACGAUCAUUACUAAGGAUUAAACAAAUAUGAUACUGAUCGGUCUACUUAUCGAACGCUUGAUACUGGCUUCCUAGUCGUUUUCCAGAUCCCCAUAAUCCUGUAUUUGGGCUCCGAACGGUGGGAAAAAGGCCUGCAGUAAGAAUCAAAGCUUCAUUUUAACGUUGGUUGGUAUACAGAAAAGAGCAGUAUUUCUAGGUUUGCUGGUAAUUUCCGACUUCUCUAAACUUUUUGAAGCAUGCUAAAUCGAGUAACAGAAUAAGUAAUAUAUACAAAUCUUCGUCAAUAUUAGAACGAAUAGUUUGACGAAAAUUGGGUGCCGAGUAUAGAGAAGACAUUAUAUGUAAUCAAAAUUUAAAUAAUUCCAACGUUCCGUCUGACAAACUUGUCUGGACGAAACGUUGGAAUACAUAUAAUUUUCAAAUAUAAUAAGUAAUCGUUUAAUCAUAGUGUAAUACACACUCCUUCAGUUUUGUAGAUGUUUAUCAGGGUGUUCCCAAUGGAUAUAGAUUUGGCUAAAUGUUAACAGCACUUACUUAGCCUCUAAAGGUCUUAUCGAGGAAUAUCCAAGUGACCUGAGUAACUAUGAUGAAGUCUCUGACUGUGUUACUAUAUAACAUUACUUCGAGUUCCAUGACAAUUGUCAGUCCUGAUAAGCUUUUCAACAUGCUUCCUAUGUAUCACGAAACCUAAGUCAAUUGAGUAUUUUUCUUGAUCUCUUCCAAAUGCCUUAGGUUCAGAAGAUCAUAUUUGAUCACUGCUGAAUUCCGACAACCAUCACUAAACAACUUUGUAGUGUUACUUUUAUUGAUUUUUCAUGUUCAGUCAGUCAGUUACAGCGUAGGACUAGGCACAUAUAUGCAUCGGUCCAAGUUCCCAUACCUCAUUCGCACAGCAAGAUGAACACCGGAUUCAUAGUAGUUAAUUCAGUGGUGGUAAUAUAUAAAAGAAGGAUGGCAUAUAAGGACAUAGUACAGGAAGAAAGAAUCAGUUGGUAAAAGGAAAGAUAUGAAGCGAUUUUAAUUUCAUAGUUUAAGGGAAGACAGAGAGUUUAUGCACCUACGCCAUUGUGAUUGAUACUGAGCCAUGUCACCAAGAGUCUCCAACGAUUGGUUACGAUAGUCACCCGGACCCCAACCAAGUAGUCUGCAUCUACCAACACGGAUCAGACUAGAAGUUAGUGACUUCAAGCACUGAUGCUACGUUUUGGUUUGGUCGCCUCUAACUUUCUUCCAACCACCAAUCACCAAUGACAUUAUAUAAGGAUCAAGCUUUAUUGACUGAAGUUAAACUUGUCGGCCACUGGAUUCCUACCCAACGGCGUAAACAUGCCCUGUUUUUUAUAAGUCCCGAAAAACACUAUUCAAUCUUGCGUAAUGUCAUAAGUACAUACUGUUGGGAAGUGAUAAAAUAACACAAAAACAGGUGUCCAAUGUUCACGAUUUCCCAAUCAUUCUACAACUAGCAUUGAUUCAUAAUGAAAACUGUCUUUUAAUUAACUGCUAUGAUGAAUUAUCUUAGUUUAGUGUCUCACAACUGUCUGCUGGUCUUAUAUUACUGUUUAUUUUCCACUUAUCUAGAUGUCGAUGAAUUCAAAUCUAUGCGUCUUAACACAAAAAAUUGGACGUUUUUUACUUAUCGGUUUAAAUAGACCAGAGAAAGGUAAUUUAAUAAAUCAAACAACUGCCUCAAUGUUAAAUGAUAUAUUAUACAACCAAUUUGAUAAAGAUGAUAAUAUUAUUGGUGGUGUAUUAUAUGGUGAAGGAAAAGAUUUUUGUUUGGGUUUGGAUAUGGAAGAAUUAACGGAUUAUAUAAAACAAAAUCCAACUUGUGAUAAUACAUCAUUGAAUAGACUUUAUUCAUGUUUAUCUAUAGAUUCUACUAAAUUGACAUUUUCAAAGCCGCUUAUUGCAGCAAUUGCUGGGAAAGCUAUCGGUGCUGGUUUAGAACUAGCAUUAGCAUGUGAUCUACGUGUUGCCGAGAUCGAUUCCAUAUUGAGUUUACAUAAACGAAAACAUUGUAUACCAAUGAUGAAUAUGGGUACAGUACGUUUACCAAGAUUAAUAGGUUUGUCUCGUUCUCUUGACAUGAUACUAACUGGACGUGAAUUGCAUGCUAAUGAAGCUUUGGAAUUUGGAUUAGUUAAUCGUGUUACUCCAACUGGAACUGCUAUUGGUGUUUCAGUGAAAAUGAUUGAUGCUAUAUAUCGACUACCUGGAUUAUCCGCUUUAUACGCUGACAGAUCUAAUGUAAUACGAGCUAGUCAAUAUUCCAUGAAUUCAGAAUUGGCAAAAAUGGAGUAUACUGAAGCUUUAAAUGCAUUUAAAAAUGAAGGAAUUAAUGUAAUUAAUGAAAAACUAUCGGAUCAACCAACGACGGAACGUGAAUGUAAUGGAAAGUGAACAACAUAAUUGAAUGUUUCUUGUUAUAUUACAAUUUACUUUUAUAGGGAUGUUUGUUUUAUAAUAAGAUCUAUAUAUAUAUACAUACAAUUCAUAGUGUAUAGUGUUUAUUUUAGUUAAAUAUAUUCUAAAAUAAACGGC